AUGUCGACGGCUGUGGAAGUGGUCGGGUUCCUCAUGUGCAUAGCCAGCUGGCUCAUCACCGGGGCGGCGCUGGCCAACGACUACUGGAAGGUUUCCACCGUGUCCGGCAGCGUCAUCAUCUCCCAGAGGCAGUACGAGAACCUGUGGCACUCCUGCGCCGAGAACAGCGCCGGCAUCGCCGAGUGUCGAGACUUCGAGUCUCUGCUCGCUCUGCCCGCUCACGUCCAGGCGUGCCGCGCUCUGAUGAUCCUCUCCCUGCUGCUUGGCCUGGGCUGCAUCAUCGUCUCCCUGCUCGGCCUCAAGUGCAUUAAGAUCGGCUCGGCCACCGAGCAGUCCAAGGCCAAGAUCGCCGUCACUGGCGGCAUCCUGUCCAUCCUCUCCGGUUUGUGCACCAUGGUGGCGGUGUCCUGGUACGCCUCCAGAGUGGUGGAGGACUUCAACAACCCGUUCUUUGGCGGCGUGAAGUUUGAGCUGGGCACCGGCCUCUUCAUGGGAUGGGGCGCAGCCUGUCUGGGCAUUCUGGGCGGAGCUCUGCUCUGCUGCGCUUGUAAGAGAGCGUCCUCCGCUGGAGCCAAAGGAGGUUACUACGGUGCUCAGAGUCAGAAGAUCUACACGCCUGCGGCCCGGUCUGAACCAGAGUCGUCCAAGGCUUACGUCUAA